ACAUAAGCUGCCAGUGGCAGCAGCUGCGCGUUGAUUCCGACCUUCAGCGUCCCGGCAGAAGUGCCAUGGCGCCGUCCAGGAAGUUCUUCGUGGGAGGCAACUGGAAGAUGAACGGGCGGAAGAGUACCCUGGGGGAGCUCAUUGGCACUCUGAACGCCGCCAAGGUGCCGGCCGACACGGAGGUGGUUUGUGCGCCCCCUACUGCCUACAUCGACUUCGCCCGGCAGAAGCUAGACCCCAAGAUUGCUGUGGCUGCGCAGAACUGCUACAAAGUGACUAACGGGGCCUUCACUGGGGAGAUCAGCCCUGGCAUGAUCAAAGACCUGGGAGCCGCAUGGGUAGUCCUGGGCCACUCGGAGAGGAGGCACGUCUUCGGGGAAUCAGAUGAGCUGAUCGGGCAGAAGGUGGCCCACGCCCUGGCAGAGGGCCUGGGAGUAAUUGCCUGCAUCGGGGAGAAGCUGGAUGAGAGGGAAGCUGGCAUCACAGAGAAGGUCGUUUUUGAGCAAACCAAGGUCAUCGCAGAUAACGUGAAGGACUGGAGCAAGGUGGUGUUGGCCUAUGAACCCGUGUGGGCCAUCGGCACUGGAAAGACUGCAACACCGCAGCAGGCCCAGGAAGUACAUGAGAAGCUCCGGGGGUGGCUUAAGUCCAACGUAUCUGAUGCAGUGGCUCAGAGCACCCGUAUCAUUUAUGGAGGUUCUGUGACUGGGGCAACCUGCAAAGAGCUAGCAAGCCAGCCUGACGUGGACGGCUUCCUCGUGGGCGGUGCGUCCCUCAAGCCUGAAUUUGUGGACAUCAUCAAUGCCAAACAUUAAGUGCUGUUUGGCUCCCUGCCCUUCCUGUUAAGGCAGGGAAUAGCCGCCCAGAAGCCCAGUGACGCCCCUCCCCAGCUGAGGGUGUCAGCUGCCCCUGGCCUAAUGCAAACUGUACUUCCCUCGAGUGUUCACACCUCCCCCUUCACAACUCCCCCGUAAUGGUCGGGACCAGGCCAAUCCCUUCACUGCUUACUCAUUGGAAGGAGGUGGCUUCUCCUUGGCUAGCAGAGGCGGAAGUAGUCCGCUUGCUUGUGGUCCCCUCAGGCCCUGUUGAGGGCAGUAGAGAGGUCUUCCCCCCUCAUACCACAACAGCCUCCUGAGAGGCCAGGACGAUUCCCUCCCAGUGCUGUGUCUGUGAGCCAUCCCACCUGUAAGGGAAAUAAACACCUGCCACUAA